UUAAAAUUGGCUUUAAAUUAUAUGUUAUAUGUAACUUAAUGUUAUUUUGACUUGCUAUUUUUUAUUGCAGCCUCAGUCCCAGGAAAUGAGAUUGAAGAGGAAGUUACAGCUCAAGAUAACGCUGAAGAAAGUUAUUGAAGAAGUAACAUGCCUAGGGCUAGGGCAUCAACAAGAAAAUUGUGCCAAACCUCCAACAAGUCCUACGUCAAGCAGUGAACUGAUCGGCGUAAAUGAUCAAGUGGAAUGUAGCCGGACGAAUAAAAUUAAUGAAACUUGUUUAAACACCGGAGAACCCCAUUUUCCAGACCAGAUCAUCGAUCCAGAGGUGAAAAAAAAACGAAUUAUUGAAUUAGGACUAGAACCCUAUCAACCAGUUGGCCCAUUUCCAUAUGAUGGAAAACAAG